UGCAGGCUGCAUCGGACACCUGCCUGGCAGGGUGCAAACCACGUGUUUGGGGCCAGAGAGGUGGGGACUGGAGCUGUUGGGUCAAGUCCUCACAGUGGACCAGUACCAGUACUGGUUCCGAGCACUACUCUAGGAGCUGGCUGAGGCGUGUAGCCUACAGAGGCAGUGGGGCCCCACACGGAAGACCAGCACGCGUGGCCUGUGCCCCUGGCUGCUGAGCCAUGGCCAGACUUUGCUGGGCCCUGCUGCUGCUCCUCACAGUGGCUGCAGCCCCGGAGUCCAGCAUGGUCCAGGCCUGGGGCCCCGCGAAGGUGGUGCGGCCAUUCCAGGACAUCUCCUCGUCCUACGUAUAUGUGCAGCAGGCGGUCUGGUAUGCCAUGAAGGACUACAACAAGGCCAGCAAGGACAAGUACAGCUUCCGCGUGGUGGAGAUUCUGAAGUCUCAGGAGCAGGUCACAGACAGCCUGGAGUACUAUAUUGAAGCCAAGAUUGCCCGAACAAUGUGCAAGAAGGCUGCCGGAGAAAACGAACACUGCUUGUUUCAAAAAGAUCCCCACAUGCAGAAGGAGGUUUUUUGCACUUUUAUUGUUAGAUCCAAGCCAUGGAAAUUUGAGCUAACCAUGCUGAAGAAGCACUGCAGAGACGCCUAGCGAGCUCCUGGUGCUCCUCUAUGCAUUUC